CAUUCGGUAUGCUGCCAGCAGGGGGCGCUGGUUGGAUGUAGCGUACGGGGCGCUAGUUGGGAGGAUGUUCUAUACUCGGGCUUGUUUCAGCUUACUGGUGGAAGCGUUGAGGCGGGAGCGCUCCAGUGUUCGUCCGGCUCGGGCAGCCGCCACUGUCAUCCCCUCAGUCAUGAGCAGCGGGCCCACCACCGUCAUCCAGGUCACCAACCUGUCCGCCGCCGUCACCAGCGACCAGAUGCGGACCCUCUUCUCCUUCCUGGGGGACGUGGAGGAACUGAGGCUCUACCCACCCGACAAUGCACCGCUUGCUUUUUCCUCCAAAGUAUGUUAUAUAAGGUUUCGUGAGCCAUCGAGCGUUGGUGUGGCCCAGCAUCUAACAAACACAGUAUUUAUUGACAGAGCUCUCAUAGUAGUACCCUGUGCUGAAGGUAAAAUACCAGAAGAAUCUAAGGCCCUCUCUCUGUUGGCCCCUGUUCCUUCAUUAUCUAGCCUGCUUCCUGGAGCUGGCUUGCUUCCUAUACCUACGCCUACUCCAACCCCAUCUCCGCUAGCUUCUGUUCUAAGAAGAGAUAAAGUGGAUGUACCCUUGCUCAGCAUGCCAUUUACCACAUUGGCAGCUACGUUGCCCACUCCUUUAGAACCGGUUAUUCCAGCUCUUGCCCCAGUCCUGCCAGCUCUCACACCUGCCAUACCAGCACUCGCUGAUCUGCAACAGCCACCAUUAAUGGGAAAUGUAGACCCCACAAAAGUGGACGAAAUCAGAAGAACGAUUUAUGUCGGAAAUUUAAACUCGCAGACUACAACAGCUGAGCAACUUCUGGAAUUCUUUAAGCAAGUUGGGGAUGUCCGUUUUGUUCGUAUGGCUGGUGAUGAAACUCAGCCAACGCGAUUUGCUUUUGUAGAGUUUUCUGACCAGAAUUCAGUGACGCGAGCCCUCACAUUCAAUGGAGUUAUGUUUGGUGACAGACCCCUUAAAAUCAAUCAUUCUAACAAUGCAAUUGUGAAGCCCCCUGAAUUGACCCCACAAGCUGCUGCAAAGGAGUUAGAAGAGGUGAUGAAGAGGGUACGAGAGGCACAGUCAUUGAUUUCUGAGGCCAUUGAGCCAGAGCCUGCUAAAUCAGUUGAAAGGGUAUUGCUGCAACACUCCAAAUCACGCUCACCGUCUCGCUCCAGAUCCCAAUCUAGUUGGAAACGUUCACACUCAAAGCACAGAAGUCGAUCACAUAACCGUUCUCGGUCCAGACACAAGGAGCGACGGAAAUCUAAGAGUCCUCACAAGAAACGCUCGAGAUCUAAAGAGCGACACAGAUCAAAAAGCAGAUCGCGCUCCAGAGAGAAGAAGAGAGACAAGGAGAAAAGUAAAGCUAAGGAAAAGGAGCGAACAAAAGAGAAAAAUGAUAAAAGAAAAAAAGAGAAAAGGUCUCGUAGCCCCUCAAAGGGCCACUCAUCUGUAAAAAGGUCCCGCAGUGUUAGCAGAGAAAAGCGUAAAAGGAGAAGUCGAAGUGUUUCCAAAUCACCCCGAAAUUCCAAAACCGUAAAAAGGGUUUCUAGGUCUCCUACUCCUAGAAGGAAAAGGAGCACAUAGCAGUUCUACAGUGGGAAUGUAGAAGACAAAAAUGAAGGGAUCUCUCAGUAUGUUGGGAUCUAUAAACUAAAUGAGGACGGUACAGAAGGAAAAGCCAAAGUGGACUGAAUCAACUGUGGGCACGGCUCCUCUAAGGACUCUUCGGUUGGCUUCACCAAGUGGGCAUUAUAUGAUGUCCUUACCACAACACUCUGUACGUCUUUUUCAUUAGUAACUGUUUACCACAGUGUGAUGGUAAGCUUAUGAACUUAUGAAUUGAAUCACAGGACUCUUCUUCAUGUUCCAACAUCUUUGUGAAGUUUUUAAACCAAAUUUGUGCUAAUGACGGCCACCUUGUGAGUCCAUUCGGUCUGUUUUUUUUUUUUUUUUAACACUAUGGUGCAAUCAUUGUGAAGAAUUGAGGUUUAGGAAAGUUGUAUAUAAAAGUUUUCUUAUUUUAUCUGCUCAUUAUUUUCACAAAGCAUACAACUGCAACUGACCAAUAAUUGUUCCCAAAAAACUUGUAAUGUUACAUGUUGACAUUGGAGACAUUGUGUGCUCUGCAGAUAACCAUGUGAGGAUGUCAUUUUUUGUGACCUUUUUUUACUAAGUUUAUGUUCAUAAAAUAUGAACACCAAUUUUUGAUUGGGCUGACCCCAUGAUAUUUGAGUAGACCAGGCAUGUCAAGGCAUGAAGCAGUGGGCCAAAUUGAGUGGAAUAAAUCCUUCAAAUGGCUGCACUAUGUCUCCCAAGGACCACACCAACAUAACUUAAGUAAUUAACGUUUAUAUAACGAUUGCAAAAUUAUGAUUUGGAGUAUAACCAUUCUUGCACUGAAAACAGCUUGAGUCUAAUUACAUUUUAGAACUUCUAGGCAGCCCAUACGUGAUUCAGUUUUGGUGGAAUGAAAGAAAAUCGCUCGAUUUCCCCCAUCAACAUAGUGAGGCCCCAUUCACAAUUGAGCAUGUUGUAGCUUGUAGGUCGAACCUUAAAUACGCUCAACAAGCAAAAACCUACUAUUUGUUUAAUAGCCUUUGUUGACAUCUGAGCGUUCUGUCGCUUGUAGCAAAACGAUUGUCGCUCGAAAAAGUGCACAAGCUACUUUUUGGACAGAAUGGAGUUUUUGUCCCCCUAGAAUUUAAUGGAAAUGCCUGAAAAGUGCUAUAUGACCAUUUUUUAAGCAGGUGGUUUAAUUUCUGCUCAAACAGCAGCUCCCUGCCCAUUUUUCAGCAGCACAUCUUUUAGUUGAGAAACGCCUGCCAAAAGCUGGAAAGAACUUGCAAUUUUGCUUGCGGAAAUAAAUAAUAAAAAAAAAACAAUCGAAAACCCGGGACACUUAGGUGUGACUGUAGUAGUUGAUGGAGGAAUGCCUCCCACAGUGCCAUUGUGUUCUGCCGGCGGUGUGGGGAGCCUUAAGUUCUUAUUCUAGCCCAUUCAAUAGAAUUGACGCCUGUAAAUGCAUUAUACACUUUUAGAAGCGCCAGGCAUUUUUUUUUCUUGCCUCAAAGCUACAGUCACCAAGAGCAAAGGCCUCUAAGACAGCUGCUCAGGACAACACCCGGUGGCAUGAAGGGGGGAUA